AUGCGACAAGAGGUAAUCAACCUGGGUGUUACCAUGGUGGAGGUGGCUACGUAUGCUGAGCUGGAACCCCUCUUUCCGCCAGCCUCCCCUGAGCUCCGCAAAGUAUCUCUCAAGCGGGUCAUCCGCCUCCUCUGGGGACUCCAAUCCCAAGUUGACUGCAUCAAGCGGACCCUCUCAGAACAAGCCAAAAUUAGCCAAGAGGUUCAGACCAACGUCAAGAACAUCUUGCAAACGGUCAAUACUGUCAAGGAUGGGCUUGCCCAACUCCAGCACUCCCGGGGCCCCCACACCCCAGAAGAACAAAAACCUCCUGCGGUUGAGGAAACUCCCAGGGCCGCGCCCAAAGCCAAGCCUAUUGGCAAGGCUCAACCAUUCCUUGGGGCCCCAGCCCCUAUCAUCUCCACAGGGGCUCCCAGGCGCGACCCCCUCUCAUUAUUCAACCCAUACCCUUCCUCCUCCUUCCCUUUGGGACCAGCUCCAGCCCCCCAAGGACCUCCACCAGCACCUAUUGUCACCUUGGCGCAGCCUCCAGUCCCCUCCACUGUAAAGGUGGACCACCCAGAUGCCUUCAAAGGCAAAAUAGGGUCAGAGGCCAAACAAUGGCUAACACAUAUGUUGGCCUGGGUUUGCCUCAACCAGAGGCAGUUCCCCUUGGACCUGGAGGUCCUCAGCUUCCUUCUCAUGAACAUGGAGGAAGCGGCAGGGGCCUGGGCCCACCCCCACCUGGACCAAUUAGGGUCCCAUUGCGCACUCAUCCAGACCGUGGAUGAGUUCAAAAUUGAAUUCCUGGCUGCUUUUGGCGACCCAGAUGCAACCAGAGCAGCAGAGUGGAAAAUCACUUCCCUCACUCAGACCAGCACUUGUGCCAAAUAUAUCACCAAGUUCCGCACACUGCAAAUGGAACUCAACUGGAAUGACGCUGCACUUUGCGAUGCUGCCCUCAUUAUUGACAACGCCCUCCGUGAGGAACGCGCUAGCCACCCGCAACAGGGUAAUAAGUCUAGCAAAACCACCACAACCCCCAACCAGGGGGCAAGUACCAGCCAACAGGCCACCAAAACCGGUCCCCUCUCUUCCAACCCCAACUACGUCUUGGAAGAGGAACGCAACCGCCGCCCUGCAGAAGGACUCUGUGUCAAAUGCGGUAAACCAGGGCAUAAAUUUGCCGAGUGCCGGACCGGAUGGAAGGCUACCCCAAAAGAGGAUAAGGGGAAAGCCAAAGAAGCCGCCAAGAUUGGCAAAGACUCCAAGUACCAAUUGGGAAAAGAAAAUCAACCCUUGUUCACUAUUCCAAUCAAACCAGAGAAAAAAGCGGAAUCACUAGAAGUCCUGAUUGACUCAGGCGCCACCUCCUCAUUCAUGCACCCUCAAACCGCGGAAUCACUCUGCCUUCCACUCAUUGACCUCCCUUCACCCCGCACUGUUACCAUGCUUGAUGGGUUGAGCCCCCAGGCUGGCAAAAUCUGGAAAAAGGCAGUCCUAACCUUCUCCCUUGACGGCAAACAAAUGACUGAGACCUUCCUCAUAUGUAAUACAGGGUCUCACACCGCUAUCUUGGGAUUAAAAUGGUUGGAUGCCCACAAUCCGGAAAUCAAUUGGAACAUGCGUACCCUUACCUUACCUCACAUUCCCCUGGAACACGUGGCCAUAGCCAAGGAAGAAGAAGCUGAUCAGAACCCCCUCAAAGGAGUACCCUCUGAAUACCACCAAUACGCCAAGGUGUUUGGAGAAGAAGAAUUCAACAAGCUUCCCCCUCAUAGGCAUUACAAUAUUGGGAUUGAACUCACCAAAGAAGGCCCCCUCAACUCUCCUCUUUACAGUAUGACAGAUGCCAAAUCUGCCACACUUAAGGACUGGCUCAGGGACAAGUUGAAAGCUGGGAAAAUUUGCCCUAGCAAAUCUUCAAUUAGUUCUCCCAUCAUGUUUGUUCCAAAAAAGGAUGGUUCCCGCCAAUUGGUCAUUGACUACCGUUGCCUCAACAACCGGACAAAAAAGAAUGUAUAUCCACUACCCUGUCCAGAUGACCUCAUGGCCCAGCUCCAUGGCGCCAAGGAAGGUGACGAAUGGAAAACCACGUUCCGUACCAAAUAUGGCCUUUACAAAUCCCUGGUAAUGACUUUUGGCUUGACAAAUGCGCCCGCCUUGUUCCAACACUUCAUGAACAAACUAUUCAAGGAUCUUCUAGAUGUAUGCGUCAUCAUUUACCUCGACAACAUCUUGAUCUAUUCCAAAAAUGAAGCGGACCAUACCCAGCACGUUCACAAGGUCCUAAGGCGGCUAAUGGAUAACCAAUUAUUCUGUAAAGCAUCCAAGUGUACCUUCCACGUCACAUCUGUGGAAUACCUAGGGAUUAUUGUUUUGGACAAAGGUUUUAGUUUGGAUAAGCUCAAAAUCCAAGCAGUCCAGGAAUGGCCAGUACCAACUAAGGUCAAGGAAGUCCAAUCUUUCUUAGGGUUUGCCAAUUUCCUACAACAGUUUGUUGCCAACUUCAGUCACAUAGCCAGGCCACUACAUAACCUGGUCAAGAAAGACACGCUGUGGAAAUGGGACGUCAAGGAACAGGAAGCUUUCCAGGAACUAAAGAACGCCAUCACCAAUGCUCCAGUCCUCUGUCACGCCAACCCAUCCAAACCUUACUUCUUGGAAACAGACGCCUCCGGCGCAGCCUUGGGUUCCAUACUUAGUCAACAACAAGAAGAUGGCCGCCUGCACCCAUCAGGGUUCCUAUCCAAAUCAUUCAAGGGAGCCAAACAGAAUUACAACACGCACAACAAGGAGCUCCUAGCUAUUAUCCGCUCCCUUGAGUACUGGCGUACCUUCCUGGAAGGAACUCUACACCCAAUCACUGUGUUCACAGACCACCGCAACCUGGAGUACUGGAAAGAAUCCCGCACAUUCAACCGUUGCCACGCACGAUGGCACCUCCUAUUAGCAGGAUAUAACUUCCAGAUUGUCUAUUGUCCAGGAAAACAGUCGGGAAAACCAGACGCUCUCUCACGCCGCUCAGAUCAUGCCAAUAUUCCACCCUCCAACCAGACCAUGCUCCCUGAACUUGUAUUUGCUAACGCAGCCUUAGUAACCCCCAAGAAGGAGCUCCAAUGUCAAAUUGAGGCCGCCCUUGAUCAGGACAAAUCAUUGGAGGAAAUAUUACAAUUCCUCCAGAAUGAGUCCAAGGCACCUCCAUCCAUUAAGCGCGCCUUCAAGGAUUACCAAAUGGAGGCAGGGCUCCUCUUCUACCAAGGACAAAUCAUAGUCCCUGAUGUUGGAACACUAAGAACAGACUUACUCCACAUCUUCCACAACAGCCCCUUGGCGGGACACCCAGGAAGACAACAAACCUUAGAGCCAUCAAGAGGAACAGGGUUUGAUUCAGAGGAAGAAGAGGAGCCCAGACGCCCCAAAAAGGAGCCUCGCAGCACGCCUAGGAGCCUCAGCUCCCUCACCCCCUUUGACACAGGAUCCAGCGUAAAGCACCCCAAGAUGGACCUCCCAGAUCCCUACAAAGGAGAAGUCAGGGGCCAAAAAGCCACUCAAUGGCUGGAUAGGAUGAUGCUCUGGGUAGCCCUCCAUCGUGAUCAAUUCAACAAGGAGGAACAAAUGGUUGUGUGGAUCCUAUACCACAUGACUGACAAAGCUGCCAACUGGGCACUCCCCAUCAUUGGGACGAUCAUCAAGGGCGAGGGAAAUCCCCCUACCACCAUAAUGGCCUUAAUGGCCAAAUUCAAGGAAGCCUUUGCGGAUCCCGAUGCCAAGAGGGCAGCCGCCAGAAAGAUUGCCGCGCUAACUCAGACCACAACCACGGCUGAGUACGUCACGGAAUUCCGCAAUCUCAUGGCGGAGCUAGACUGGAACAAGGAGGCCUAUAUCGCGCAGUUCACGCGGGGUCUCCACUGGAAGGUCAAGGAACUGCUGUCUACCAAAGAUAGCAUCCCUGACAAUCUCAAAGCCAUCUUUGCAGCGGCAAUUAAAAUUGACAACAUCCGCCGCAAAAAUGAGGAAAACCGGCCAAAGAAGGUUCCUGCCAAGUCCCCGGCCACUACGGCCACCACUUCCACUACCACCACUAGGGUCCGCCUAUCCAAGGACCCCAACUACGUCACUCCAGAAGAAAGGGACAGCCGCCGCGCCUCGGGCCUCUGUGUCAAAUGCGGCCAAAAGGGGCAUGGAAUCAAGCAAUGUCCCAACGGCUGGAAAGCCACAAUCAAGGAGGUUGCCAAAUGUUGUACACCACUGUAA